GUGUUUUGUAGCUUUUGCGUUUCGAUGCUCGACAAUCAUAAUUUACGCAGCGUUGAAGUCCAUCCCAAUCCGGUUGCGUCACUGAUGCCUAUAUUGUCCAACGCGACAUUAGCCAAGGAGAAAUCUAUUUUUUGAACCUGCUGAUUUACUACUGCGUUUAUUAUGUAACAUAUGUAUACUUAGAUCACGUUCGUUAUAUCAGGAUUAGUGCGGAUAACACGCAUGUACACAUACAUGUACAUAUACAUGUACGUUCAACACAUACAUGUGUAUAUAUACAGUGGAAAGGGGAUUUCUAUCACUGUACGGCACUGUAGCAGCACAUAUGUUCAUGGCUGUCGUCCAAUAAGCAUCAGCUGAAUCACCGAACAAACUGUCACUCUCUCGGUUGACCAAACUCGACGGACCAAAGUCUCGCGGCAGAAAUUGUACGGCGCUUCCUGUGAAAUAAUCAGUUCAUUGUCUUUAUCGUGAUGGUGCACACCUCGAACUGGAUCUGUUCAAACAAACUCAAGAUGUGUCGUUAUUCAUUCACGGUCAUCCUCCUUGCGGUGUUCUUCUCGUACUGUUCAGCUGCCGGCAAGGCUGACGACACUACGUUCGUUAAUAGCACGAGGCCGAAGUUCAAGAUACUCGGCGUUUUCGGACAUCUUGGCAAGAGUCACUUCGACAUGUUCCAACCUCUUCUGGAGGAGCUGGCUCGUCGUGGUCACCGUGUCACCGUGAUCUCGUACUUCCCCAGAAGUGAAAGCGCCAAGGCGAAGAAGCCGCUGCCCACUUACAAGGACAUCAAUCUGAGAACUCCCGAUGUCGAUGUCGUGAAUGUCAUAGACCUCAAACUUGUAAAACACGGAUUUUACAGCGCUUUCCUCGAUCUCAUUAUGCUGCAGCGCUUUGCCACCACAUCGUGCGAAACCGCGUUGCUGCGGAAUGCGGCCGUCGCGGAGCUCAUCAGAUCCAACGAGACGUUCGACGUGAUGAUCACGGAGAGCUUCAACACUGACUGCUUCUUGAGUUUCGCUUAUCGGUUCAACGUGCCAUAUCUGACGAUGUCCUCGCAUCAGACGAUGCCGUGGGUCAAUGGCAACAUGGGUAACGUGGACAAUCCCAGCUACAUAAUGACGAUAUUCAGUGGCUACGACGAGCCCAUGAAUUUCUACAGUAGGAUGAGUAAUACACUAGCAUGGUUAUUGUGCAACAUGGCUUAUGAAUAUUGGUACCGACCCAUCGACCAGGCCGUCGCGGACAAAGCGUUCGGCUUGGAUCUGCCUAAGCUGAGAACACUCGCUGAGCAGUCGCAGGCGCUCCUGGUGAACACUCAUGCCAGCAUCCAUGGUAACCGACCUCAAUUGUCGAACGUGGUCGAGGUCGGCGGACUUCACAUUUCGCCCAAGAUCAACCCGCUGCCGAAGGACAUUGCCGAGUUCCUCGACAACGCGCACGAGGGCGUGCUCUACUUCAGCCUCGGCUCCAUGAUCAAGCUGACUACGAUGCCGAAGGAGAAGAUGAACGCGAUAGUGAACGUCAUCAGCUCGCUACCGCAUAAGGUGCUCUGGAAGUGGGAGUCUGAUCGGCUGCCGUACAAGAUGAACAAUGUUAUGGCUAAGAAAUGGCUGCCCCAGUUUGACGUGUUGAAUCAUCCCAACGUCAAAUGUUACUUCGGUCAUGGUGGACUUCUUGGGCUUUCGGAGGCUGUUUAUGCGGGUGUGCCGAUGGUUUUAUUGCCGAUGUACGGCGAUCAGUUUCACAAUUCCUAUAGUGUAAAGGCCAGAGGUGUCGCCGAAGUGCUCGCGUACAAUGAUUUGCAAGAUGAGCAAUUCUUGAGACGAGCUCUAAACGAAAUCUUCAACAAUGCCAGCUAUCGCGAGAACGCUCGGAAGCUUGCGAGAGCUUACCGUGAUCGACCUAGCUCGCCGUUGGAGACCGCGGUAUGGUGGACGGAAUACAUCGCUCGGGGCAACAGCGGGUCCUACUUACGCAGCAAGGGUAUGGAUCUACCCUGGUACCAGCGUCAUCUCAUCGACGUCGUGCUCGUUUUGAUUAUCGUCUCCGCGGUGCUCAUCUACAUCCUCUUCCGGUUCUUCUUGAUUAAGCUGCUGCUGUCGUUGCUCCGCGCCGUCAAAGGAAAGCCCGGAAGCGAGGCUAAGGACAAGGACAAGCGGAAGGAGGACUGAUGCGGCAGACUGGAUGCUGCGUCGCACGGCGUGGAAAUGUGUCAAAGAACAUGUUUCCUCGGGCGAAGGACGACGAGGGAUGAACGCAGUUUUUCGCAGAGAAGUGUCGAUGCUCAGAUUACGGACACAUUUCGAGCGAAAGGAUGGUCGACGAACAGAAAUGAGUCGGUCAUCGCGAUUUAUCCGUCGUCCGUGAAAUCAUGCGCGAGUGAAACAUAUGCGUUUUUAUUUAGUAUCCCAGAUAACAUUUUUUGCUAAAGCAAAGUAGUGCAAUCUAUUUGCUGGCAAUUAUUGCUGUCAUGUUGCUAUAAUAAUGACAGAAAUUAACUUUUGCCGCACUUUUGUUGACAUAAUGCCAUAAUUAUAUAUUUUUCACCGCAACUGUUGCCCCAAAGGUGCUGUAAAGUUGCUGUUUUCGUGUUUCUUUGCUACCAAUAUUGAAACAAAUGAGGACUCACCUUGUUGCCAUUUUGUUUGCAACAUUUCUGAGCAAAUUCUUAGCAAAAUACUUGCAAAAUGUUAUGUGCGAUGUUGUAUGUUGUCUUAUGUUAUAAAUGGGAAUAACGAUUCUUCUGAUCAUUCCGUGGAAAAAUUUGGUUCACGUCUCUUUUGCAGCAGGCGAUUGCGCUGUCACAGGUAGAUUCUUUUUAUACGCGCGACAGUUGAACGUGUAAAAGUGGGUGGGAGGUAUGCUACGUUGCGACAGGUUUUAGCUUAAUUAUUAUCGACGGUUUCCUCGUCGCAGCGCAGACCUGAAAACUGGUGUGGAGCAAAGUCAUUUAAUUCCCAGGUACUUCUACAGUAUUUUACGGUAUCCAAGUAUAACCGUUAACUAAAACUCGUCCGAACACCGUGCAGAUGGUGUAAAACUUAUAGUUCGCGAGUUUCUUUUUUACUUCCGUCGGUUUUAUGGAGGAUGGCGAAACUAUCCCUCAUUUUCUGCCGACUCGAGUCGCAUAAAGCGUUUGCUCCUUCGUCGUGGCUGCAGCCGAAGUUAAAGUUCAUUACUUUUAUCACGAUGUACAACAGCAACAUGGACUCAUGUACUACAUCGGAAUGAAAUGUACGUCUCUGGUAAAGUUCCCAACGCUGCCAAGUUUUCUUGAUCUUGAAUAAAUGUCUUGCAAUCACGA